UUUGAACCCGGUGUUUUUUAAAUCGGGUUUUCUCGGUAUCUACCAAGCAAAUCUAUCUCACAACAGUUUAUCUCCAAAUUCUGAAUCAACAUAAGAUUUAACUCAAGAAAACGUGACAGUACAAGAGAAUUCCAGGGUCUGAUCUGGUCUUGUCGUCGUGAAAAAUGACGUCACCAGUGGUGGAUUUGUCAGCUUGUGAUGUGACGAUGGUCGAACCGUCGUCAAAUCAGCAGAAAAUGGCGUACACCUCUGAGAAACACUCUCGAGGAUUCCUCAAAGAACUCAACAUAAUGAGACGCAGUGGUGCUUUGUGCGAUGUGACUAUCAGAGUGAAUGAGACAACUAUUAUGGCCCACAAGCUGGUCUUGUCUGGCUGUUCGCCAUACUUCAAAGCCAUGUUCACCAACAACUUGGCUGAGACUCAUCAGGACGCGAUUGUGUUGAACGAAGUGGACUCUGCGGCCGUGGAGGCACUCAUCGACUUCUGCUACACGGGAUCUAUCGUGGUCGAGAUCACAAACGUACAAGUUCUUCUCCCAGCCGCAUGUCUCUUACAAAUCGAAGAGGUUCUGGAGGUGUGUUGUGAGUUUCUGAAGAAGCAGUUAGACCCCACCAACUGUCUGGGCAUCAGGGCAUUCGCAGACACUCACUCGUGCAGGGAGCUACUCCGAGUGGCUGACAAGUACACGUACGACAAGAUACAAGAAGUCAUGCAAAGCGAUGAGUUUCUUCUUCUCUCCAAAGAACAAUUAAUCGGAAUAAUAUCGAGCGACGAAAUCAAUGUGCGAAAUGAAGAGCAAGUGUUCAAUGCCGUCAUGCAAUGGGUCAAGUAUGACUUGACAAACCGAAGGGUAUUUUUGUCACAAGUUCUCGGAAAUGUCAGGUUUUGUUUGAUGUCCCCCAAGUUCCUCGUCAGUGUGAGUUCGGAUCACCUCGUGAAAAACGACGAGUCCUGUCGGGAUUUGGUGGACGAAGCGAAGAAUUAUCUUUUGUUGCCGAACGAACGAGCUCAGAUGGAAGGUCCCCGAACAAGACCGAGAAAGCCGGUGAAGCGAGGAGAAGUUUUGUUUGCUGUGGGCGGCUGGUGUAGUGGGGAUGCGAUCUCCUCAGUGGAGGGAUAUGACCCAGUCACCAAAGAGUGGAGGAUGAAGACAUCCAUGUGUAAAAGGAGGUGUGGGGUGGGGGUGGCAGUGCUGGAUGGACUACUCUAUGCCGUGGGGGGACACGAUGGAGCCAGCUAUCUUAACAGUAUAGAGCGAUACGACCCUCACACUAACUCUUGGAGUCAAGAUGUGGCCCCUACUAGCACAUGUAGAACAAGUGUGGGAGUAGCAGUUCUAGAUGGAUAUCUGUAUGCUGUUGGUGGCCAAGACGGCAUCUCGUGUCUAAAUAUAGUGGAGAAGUAUGAGCCACAUGGGAACAGAUGGACCAAGUGUGCCCCCAUGGCCACCAACAGACUGGGUGUGGCACUGGCUGUACUGGGGGGACACAUGUAUGCAGUUGGGGGAUCCGAAGGACAAGUACCCUUGGAUUCAAUGGAGAAAUACGACCCGAAAUCGAACAGAUGGACAACCCAAACCCCAAUGCACACGAAGCGGAAACACCUUGGAUGCGCAGUUUAUAAUGAUAUGAUAUACGCAGUCGGAGGCCGAGAUGAUGUUGCCGAACUAUCGAGUGUCGAACGAUACAAUCCUCUCACAAAGUUGUGGUCAAAUGUUGUGGCUAUGACGUCGCGUCGCAGCGGGGUCGGGCUCGCAAUUGUGAAUGACGUUCUAAUGGCAGUUGGAGGUUUCGAUGGAACUACUUAUCUAAAAACUGUCGAAGAAUACGAUCCCCAAUCUAAUUCGUGGAAACUGUGUGGUUCUAUGAAUUACAGACGAUUAGGCGGCGGUGUAGGUGUGAUUAAAUUACACAGUGAUGACGCGUUUCAUUCUUGACAGGACAGAGAGAGUAUAAGUGGAAAAUUCGAUUUUAAGCAUUGUUCGAUUUUAAAUUAGAUUAGAUUUAUCCUUUAAAUUUGCCCAAAACUACUGAAUUUGUAAUAUUUUUGGUUCUUUGUAUAAGAGAAAGUAUAAAAAAACUUAUGUUGCUUAA